CCGCCCGAGAAGUCGGCGUGUGGGGAGUGUGGGUCGCGUAAGUAUUGUCGCCGAGUGCGGCGUCUACUAUUGUCGACUCGGCCUCGACGUACCUCGUCCACUAUCGCGAUCCGGACAAUCGUAAACUCGGAGAAUGACGAAACUGAUUUGAGAUCAAAUGGCUCUUCCUGUUGUCUCCUUUAAAUGCACUCUGGUCGUACACAUCUCACUUCCUGGGCAACUGAGCGCAAGCCAUGGAGCACAGCAGACAGCUUUCUAGUCCAGUCGAUAUACCACAUUCUCUCUAUCCUGCCUCUCCACCCAGUACAGCUGGAACUAUCGACGAUGAGGUCAGCGAAGAUCAGGCAGCAUACCAGUCCGCACAGGUCCUACUGCAGAACGUACGACCAUCUCUGGCCUCUCUUUUCCGCUUCUGUAGUUGGAAAGAUGCGCUUCUGCUCAUCUUCGUCUCUGUCGUUAUUGCCAUAACUGGUAUAUACCCAUGUGUCAACGCCAUUCUCGUUGGCAAGAUCACAAAUGGUUUCUCUCUCUACAUGGCAGCGAAAGCAUCCCAGCAGCCCUUCGAUCUUGCAGCACAUGUCAGGCCGUUUCUCAUCGGGCAAGUAGUCGCCAGUCUCAUCUGUAUACCGCUAUGGACCAUCAUAUUUGUCUCUUGUCAAUUAUUUGCAGAGAAUCAAAUUCAGUCCGCAAGAAAGUCAUUUAUCCACUCUCUGGUUCGAAAGCCCAUCUCUUGGUACGAUGGUUUGGAAAGCCCCGGCGCUUUAAUCACAAGAUGCGAAACGUUUUUUGACGAAUUCGAGUCCGGAAUGUCUUCCAACUUUGCUUACUUGCUGUUUUACAUCAGCAAAGGAUGUAUCGCAAUGGGUGUAGCUAUGUACUUCUCAUGGCGUCUUACUCUUAUCAUCAUCGCAUGUCUACCGGUCGUUGCUCUGAUCCACAUGGCCGCCGAUACAUCUCUCACUCGUCUUUCACUGCUUAAGAAGAGCUCUUUGGCACAUGUAGCAAGCAUCAUCGAUAGAUCUAUCUCUGCAAUUCAGACCGUCAAACUGUUUAAUGGUCAGUCUCUCGAAUCCUCGAGGUUCACUAAAGAAGCAACACAGUCCAAGAAACUGUCAGAGCGCAGCUCGCUAUCUUAUGCCGUGCAGCAGGCGCUCUCCAAACUUUUCGUCUACGUACUCUUUGUUGCAUCGUUUUGGUAUGGCUCCCAUCUCAGCCAUAUCGGUCAGAUCCAGUCCGGCUCUGUGUUUACCGUUUUCUGGUGCUGCAAUAUAUUGGCUCACAGUAUUUCCGCGCUGGGCUUGAAGGCCAUCUUACUUAAAGGUGCUGAACAAGCAGCUCAGUCUAUUUGGGAUAUCUGUGCUGAUAAUGGCACUACCAGCAAACUGUUACAGGGAAUCGUGGCCCCAGAAUGUUUGGGAAGGAUUGAUUUCAAAAUGGUGUCUUUCGCGUAUCCAUCCCGACCUGAUCAAUUGGUUCUAAGAAAUGACAGUUUCCACACUCCCGCAGGCCAAUUGACUUUUAUCGUUGGUGGCUCUGGCUCGGGAAAGUCUACGAUACAUGCCUUGAUUAUCGGUCUCUAUCAGUCAAAAGUUGGGAGCAUAUCCGUCGACGGUAUGAAUAUUGAGUUUCUCUCUCAGACAUGGCUCCGCCGUAUGAUUACAGUCGUACAGCAGGAAAGUGUUAUUUUCCGUGAUUCUAUAGAGAACAAUAUCAAGCUCGGGGUGGAGAAUCCGGGCGAGAUAGAUGAGGAGACUGUCAGUCAAGCUGUUAGAGUUGCUCUGUUGGAAGAGACGAUUAAGAACAUGCCAGAUGGUCUUAAGACAUUUCUCGAUGGCUCCGGAAGUGAACUGAGCGGGGGACAACGCCAGCGACUUGCGCUUGCUCGGGCGGUGGUAAGGAAUACACCGGUUCUGAUUCUGGACGAAGCUACUAGCGCCUUGGAUAUUGUGUCGAGAAGCCUGGUAAUGGACGCGAUUCGAACUUUGCGGCAAGGAAAAACAACAAUCGUCAUCACGCAUGAUAUCACGCAGAUCCAAAAGAAUGAUUCCGUGAUUGUAAUGAUGGACGGCCAGGUUGUUCAGCAAGGAACCCGGGACGUACUUGAGCGAGAUAAUGCGGGUGCGUUUGCGAAAUUGAUCAAAAGCUCUCGGGCGGAGGCUGAUCAGGAGAUGGAGGCUCGAGAAGAUUUUGAGGAGAGCCCUUUUGAGAAGUACAAUUUCAAUACGCGUUCCCGGAAAUUUGCGUCCCGUCGACACAGUACUGCUGCUGACCACAAUCUAGCUGUUGCAAAGCGCAGAAGCUACGAGGUUCUUGCAAAGCGCAAAAGCUACGAGAUUCUUCCACGCAGCGAAACGAGCUGGGACCUGGCCGGAAACCGAUGGUCUAUGCCAUAUUCUGGCGGUCUGGGGUGGCAAGAUCGACGUGCUUCGUUGACGUCGCUGAGAAUGUCGGAAGUUGAGCGGCCUUACUCGGAGUUUCAGAUUGAGGACUACCUUGAUAACGAGCAGUUCGACUCAGAUCAAGCUGCACAAAAGCGAAGGAGUGACUGGGUCAAAGCUGACAAGCGGGUAAUUAUCAGCGAAGACGAAACAGAAAAAGCAGUCGAUGGUGUCGAAGAGUCAGUGGUCAAAGACGACUCUCCAAAACAGACUAUUGGGAUGGGCAGCUUCAUCAAGCUUGUGCUUCUAUCACAAAAGCGCAAAUCCGUGGUUUUCCUUGGCCUUUUAUGUGCGGUUCUCAACGGAGCAGCAAUGCCUGCAUUCUCGUUUACCUUCUCAAAGUUGUUGGCAUCAUUGUUCACAGCUACGAAUGACUCGUCUGGAAAAAGCACGAUUUUCUGGCCGCUUAUGAUCUUGCUUGUUUCGGUCAUUGAUGCUAUCACUACAUUUGCAAAUCUAUUGCUACUUGAGGUGUCGGGUAUCCGAUGGAUUUAUCGGCUACGAGUUCUUGCGUUCCGAAAGGUCCUGACCAGAGACUAUAGCUGGUUCUUUGACCCUUCGUCUUUGGCAAACGAUUGCCUGCAGGACGGGGCAAUAAUCAACAGAAAGGAAGACGGUGAUAAGAAGGCAUUGGGCAGCGAUCUUUCCCAGACCAUCAUCGAUAGAUCACCGGCCUCGAUGGCCAACGCUAUUGUCAAUAACUCGGAAAAGGCCCAGUUUAUUCUCAGUAGGCUCGUUGGUCCGUUUCUGAGUGCGUUUGUAAUGUUUUUACUUGGUAUCUCUUGGGCGUUUGCAGUUGGCUGGAAACUCACGCUUGUUGGUCUUGGGCUUGCUCCGUUUGCAAUUUUGUCAGCAAGACUGAUGAACGAUGCUUCCUUCCUCUGGUCACAGAAGUACAAACAGGAGCAGGAGAAGUUUUUGGAAACUGCCUAUGAGGUGAUUACCAAAAUAGAGACCGUGAAAGAUCUCGUAUUGGAGCCAUACUUCCAGGUCAAGCUUUCUGAGUCGGCUGCAAACAUUAGGCGGGUAGGCCUGAGGAGAGGCUUGUAUAUUGGAAUUUGCCAGGGCGUUGCAGGAUUUGUCGAUAAUGCGAUUCAGAUAACACUGCUUUUUGCUGGCUCGAUGUUCAUCUCAAAGGGCUGGUACUCAGUCGCGCAAGUGCUAACUGUCUUUUCGCUGAUUAUCUUCUCGAGUACCAACACUGCCUCCAUUCUGGGCUCCCUUCCAGAGGAAUCAAAGGCCAAGAACGGAGGCACUAAUCUAUUGGCUCUAGCGAUGAUGAUUGAUGAUGACGGGUCGCGCGCAGAAAGCUCAGGUAGCGAUCAUCGCGAGCCUGGUUCGGAUUCCGAGAGUGAGAAGAGCUUGAAAAAUGCGAUAGACAGCGUGGUUGAGUUCCGGGACGUCUCGUUCACGUAUCAAGGUCGAGAAGUUCCAGUCCUGCAAGACGUCUCGUUACGGAUCGAGCCUGGCGAGUCAGUCGCGAUCGUUGGCUCUUCCGGCAGCGGCAAGUCAACGCUAGCUAAUCUUCUCACAAGAUUGCUGCUACCUACGAACGGCAAAGUUAUGUUCCAGGGAACAAAUGUGAUGGAUUACGACAUUGGGUUGCUUCGGCGACGUAUUGGAGUUGUCACGCAAGCUGCCCAACUGUUUGAUGGUUCAAUAUAUGAGAACAUUGUAUAUGGUCUUGCGGACAACCAGGUCUCACGACAGGAUGUCGAGGACGCGUGUCAACAAGCCGGCAUUCUUGAGCUCAUCUCCUCUCUUUCAGAAGGAUUUGAGACUCAGCUGGGAGGUUCUAUAAUGCUUUCAGGAGGGCAAGCUCAACGAAUUGCAAUCGCGAGAGCGAUUGUUCGUAAACCAGAGUUGCUGAUUCUGGAUGAGUGCACGUCAGCGCUUGAUGCUACGUCUGCUGAACACGUGCGGAAAGCGAUCAAGACAAUUACCGACAAGGAUAUUGUCAGCGGGAGCGCCAAUGGGGGAAGAUACAGGCCGACGGUGUUGAUAAUUACUCAUUCGAGGGAGAUGAUGGAGUUUGCGGACCGGGUUGCUGUUUUGGAGUCGGGAAGCAUCACGGAAACGGGUGUGUUUUCACAGUUGCUGCGACGAAACAACAGUCGUCUUGCGAACCUGAUCAACCACGAGUCGUAAGAAAUCAAUCAAUUUUGGUAGUUGGUAGUUUUAUUUGAAUUUUGGGAUUUCUUUACAUAAAGUGCGUAUAGAAGUCGAUUAAAACCGACGUAGUUGCGCGCCGUACGCAGU